UCCCGGGAGGCUCUCGUCGCCAUGGUGAUCGCCGGUUCUGACUGCCCGCCGGACUCGCUCCGCGGCCAACCCCGCCCAGGCCCCGCCCCCGACGUCUGGGAUUGGUCAGAUUCGCGCGGUUCCCGCGUGGCCUGCGUUGCCGUAGAGAUCCCGGGCCGCGGGUGCGGCCAGCUGAGGCGGCGCGGAACUCGGAGCGUUCGCGGGCGCUGCGGUCCACAGGACUCUGGAAGAAUGAGGUCCUCCCUGACACCUGUGGGCCCCCCUGUGAGCCGGGACCGUGUCAUCACCAGCUUCCCUAAGUGGUACACGCCCGACGCCUGCCUGCAACUCAAGGAGCACUUUGACAGACAGGUCAGCACAGCCUGCCAGCGCCGGGACACGGGGACUGUCGGGCUCCAGCUGUCCAAGGUGGUGGUCGUUGGCGAUCUCUACGUGGGGAAGACCAGCCUCAUCCACAGGUUUUGUAAGAAUAUGUUUGACCGGGACUACAAGGCCACCAUUGGGGUGGACUUUGAGAUUGAGCGCUUUGAGGUGGCCGGGGUUCCCUACAGCCUCCAGAUCUGGGACACAGCCGGGCAGGAGAAGUUCAAGUGCAUCGCGUCCGCCUACUAUCGCGGUGCCCAGGUGAUCGUCUCGGCCUUUGACCUCACCGACAUACAGACCCUGGAACAUACCAGACAGUGGCUGAAGGAUGCACUGAGGGAGAACGAGGCAGGCUCCUGCCUCAUCUUCCUCGUGGGAACCAAGAAGGACCUUCUGUCAGGGGCGGCGUGUGAGCAGGCAGAAGCUGAGGCCGUGCAGCUGGCCCGUGAGAUGCAGGCCGAGUACUGGUCAGUGUCAGCCAAGACAGGGGAGAACGUGAAGGCGUUCUUCAGCCGUGUCGCUGCCCUGGCGUUCGAGCGGUCAGUGCUGCAGGACCUGGACAGGAGGAACAGCGCCCGGCUCCAGGUCGGCGAUGGAGACCUCAUCCGGAUGGAGGGAAGCCCACCCGAGACCCAAGAGACCCAGCAGUCCUCCAGCCUGGGCUGCUGUUAGCAGGAGCCUGUGUCACAGGCCCCCACCGGCCCCCUGCACGCGCGUGGGCAGCGGCUUCUGUGACUGAGGAGAACUGAUGUGGCGCCCCAAGCUCCACAGCACGUCUGCCUCCUCUCGGGCAGGCCAGGAGCCAGCGAGAAGGUCGCCACUGGCCUCCCAGGGGCCCCACACUGCCCCCUACUGGCUAGGUAGGGUCAUUGUAGGGACCUCCCGAAAGUCCUCCCUGCAGGGUCACCCGAUGGUCACCCUUGACCUUGAGCAACCUCAGGUCCGGACCACAAACUCAGGACAGCCACAUCCCUCAUCCGUGGCCUGCAUCAGCGGGUUCCUCCUUCCCAGCCACCCUGGACGUGGCCUCAGAAUCCUCACCACAGCGUUCCAGGCAAGCGGGACUUGUCCGAGUCAGCACCUCCUGGCCCGUAUGGGAGUCCCCAGGGUCCCGGCCUCCAGUCUGUGGGCGGGGAGGGGCAGCCCAAGCCACUGGCCCAUAGGGAUGACAGAUUCACCCAGCCGUGCUGUGGGAAGAAGAUUCGUGGAUCACUCGCUCCUGAAUCCGGGAGCACUGUGCCAUGGCCCAGGCCAGCCCGGUACCCAACUGUUGCCUCCCCAUCCCUCUCGCCCACCAGUCCUGCCUGUCUCUUGGGGUCUUUUGUAGUGGUGCCUGCACAUCUUGGAAGUACUCUGGAAUCCCUCUGAGUCUGACAUGUCUCUCUCUCCACUGCUUCCCCUUGCACACCCACAGCACGCAUGACCCUGCCCCCUGGCCCCCUGGCCCUCUGCCCUCCAUGCCCAUCAACACUGCCUCUCUGCAGCUCACCGCCCUCCACCUGCCCUGCAUGCCUGCAGCCCAGGGGCUGUGCCCACUCACCGCCUACCUGGUGCUGUGGGCAGCCGGAUAAGUGUUGGGGAGCAUGUUGUGGUUGGUGCCUGGCACACUACAGAUGCUCAUCAAAGAAUUAAGCUCAUAACAGUUGCCAAAAACCAAGGGGAAGCCUGGGCAUCACUUUCUGUUCAUUGCUCCAUAGUUUUGUAAUAGCCAUAUUUUUAGUUUUUUUUUUUUUUUUUUUUUUUUUAAGAACACUCUUUUAAAAAACUAUUUUAUUUACUUGAAAGAUGGCACAGAGAGGGAGGGAGGGAGGAGCACUGCCAUUGCCCGCCCUCUCUUUUUGUGUGUACGGGAAGGUACUUCACAGAGUUUGUGCAAAUGGCACUACAAGCCAAGUUUAGGGGUAGGCAUUGCAAUGCAGCGGAUUAAGCCUCUGCUGGAGAUACCAACAUCCUGCAUCAGUCGGUCCAAGUCCCAGCCAGUCCACUUCCAGUCCAGCUCCCUGCGAAUGUGCCCAGGAGGCUGCAGAUGACAGCUCAAGUUCUCAAGUCCUUGCCACUCCUGCGGGAGGCCCGGAUGCAGUUGCUGGCUCUUGGCUUUGACUCAGCCCACCCCCAGCUGUAUGGGGGAGGGAAUCAGCACAGGUGGGAGGUCAUUCUGUCACUCUGUCUUUGAAAGGCAGAGUGACAGAGAGAGGUCUUCCAUCUGCUGGUUCACUCCCUAGAUGGCCGCAAUGGCAGGAGCUGUGCUGGUCAGGAGCCAGAAACUUCUGAGUCUGCCAAGUGGGUGCAGGUACCCAAGGACUUGGGCCAUCUUCUACUGUUUCCCCAGGCCAUACCAAGGAGCUAGAUCAGAAGUGGAGCAGCCAGGACUCGAGCCGGUGCCCGUGUGGGAUGCCGGCAUUGUAGGUGGAGGCUUUUACCAGCUACGCCACAGCACUGGCCCCAAUAAUUUUUUUAAAAAAGUUUAUUUUGGUGCAAAAAAAAUUGAAAUUGAUGUGUAGUUUAUUCAGAAUAUUGAUUUCCAUGAGAUUUUUGAUAACUCAUGCAUGAAUUUCUCCAUUUUUUGCACCCUAAUAAACUUCUUUAAGAAGUGCCCUUGUGGAACACACUUCUUUAUAUAAAUCACUUUUAAAGGAAUGAUGAGCUUGGUGUGAAACAACGCCAGAGAGACGAAAUGGAUGAAACGCAGAUGGGAGGGCCCACUUCUGUGGGUUGCACUGCCCACUGCUGAGCUGGUGUCGCGGGCAGCUGGCAGCAUUCCCCUGUGUCUCCUGUGUGCACGGCCCCUUCUUUGCCGGCUUGCGUGCAGCGUCGCCAGGGUAGCCCCACGCUGUCCACACUGCCUGGCAGCCUGCCCCUCUGACGAACUGCCACCCCGGCUGCGGGUCCUCUACCAGCUGCCCCAUUGUCUUUCACAUGGGCGGGCCCACGUUUGCCGCCCCCUGCACAGGUCUUCUGGUUUGCGUCCACCUUUCUGAUUUUACCCAGAGGGCUGCCAGUGGCCAUCCCUGUAGUUGCGUGAGGGUCUUUGCUAUGUUCCACUAGCUCCUGGAAGUCCCCCUGUAGCAAGGAGCAUGGAGGGGGGCAGGGCUUACGUAACCGCAGCUCCCUGCGGGAUGGGGACACAGACACGGAGAGCUGAAGGGGGGACACCUCAUGCCUGAGCACCAUGUCCUCCUCUUCCUCACUCCUGGUCCAGCUCUGCCUCUGCCCCACCCCUGUAGGAACUCCGCUCCAGGUGGCCUUGCCCUUGGGGCUGCCCUGUAUCUCUUAGAGGUGCCCUUCAGUUAGGUGGUGCCAGUCCCAGCCACCCAGGGUUGUGACCCAGCCGUGGCCAGCUCUCUUUGGGCUCCCCCAGCCCAGCCGCCCCACUCCCUGUCAUAGCCUCCACGGUCUAGCUCAGUCCAUUCUGUCCUGCAGCCAUGGUGACGUAUGGACAUGGAGACUCACCCCCGCUCCCAGCUCUUUCAAUGUUGUGUCCCGGGUGUCUGCCUACCUCACCUUCCUCCCAGCCCUCCUGGGGCCUCCACAGCAAAGGAGCAGCCACCAGGGUGUGCUCACUCACGCAGCAGCCUGGGGGAUGGGGUGGGAUGUGGGCCUUUAGCCAAUGAACCUUGCCCCCCCCCCCCCCAGGACCAAAGGGGUCUUAAGCCAGGAGAGCUGAGCUCAGCUAAGAUCUAAGUGCUGGCUCUGGUUUGAACAUGAUCUGGCCCCUGGGCUCAGGCAGACGUUCAAACCCCCAAGUCGCACAUCAGUGGUACUAAGAGAACAGAAGCAAUCCAGUUAAGUGUUCAGGAAGUGGGACUUGGAGGAGGUGCUCAGUUUCCACUGGGGGCGUGUCCCCGGAAAGCAGGUCUCAGGAGCAGGUUGCAUACAGAAGCCUGAUUUGAGCCCUAGCUUCUCUGGCUCACCACGCGAGCCUGCCUCUAGUCAUCAGCCACCUUCAUUGGAGGUCAGGCUAACAGGGCUGCCAGUCUUGGACUUGAACUCCCAGAAACAUAAGCAAAAUAAAGCUCUUCUUGUCAUAA